AUGAGGACACGGUGGACGACGGUGGUCCCGGCUUUGCUCUCGGCGGUGGUGGUGGUGGCUCUGCUGGCGAGUCCGGUGGCGGGCGAGCACACGAGCAACUGGGCAGUGCUGGUGUGCACGUCGCGGUUCUGGUUUAACUACCGGCACCUGGCCAAUGUGCUGUCGAUCUACCGGACGGUGAAGCGGCUUGGCAUCCCGGACUCGCAGAUCAUCCUGAUGCUGCCGGACGACAUGGCGUGCAAUCCGCGCAACGCGUUUCCCGGGACGGUGUACUCGAAUGCGGACCGGGCAGUGGACCUGUACGGCGACAACAUCGAGGUGGACUACCGGGGGUACGAGGUGACGGUGCAGAACUUUAUCCGGCUGCUGACGGACCGGGUGGGGGAGGAGAUGCCGCGCAGCAAACGGCUGCUCACGGACGACGGCAGCAACAUCCUGGUGUACAUGACGGGUCACGGCGGCAACGAGUUUCUCAAGUUCCAAGACGCGGAGGAGAUCGGGGCGAUCGACCUGGCGGACGCGUUUGAGCAGAUGUGGGAGAAGCGGCGGUACCACGAGAUCCUCUUCAUGAUCGACACGUGCCAGGCCAACACGAUGUACAGCCGGCUAUACUCGCCCAACAUCAUCGCGACCGGAUCGUCGGAGCUGGACCAGUCGUCGUACUCACACCACGCCGACAGCGACGUGGGCGUGGCAGUGAUUGACCGGUACACGUACUACAACCUCGAGUUUCUCGAGACGCAGGUGGCCGAUCUCGGCAGCAAGAAAACGGUCGGCGACCUGUUCGACUCGUACGACUACGAGAAGAUCCACUCACAUGCCGGCGUGCGCUACGACCUCUUCCACGGCGGCGCCGAGGCGGCCCGCAGCCGUCUGGUGACGGACUUUUUCGGCAACGUGCAGAACGUCGAGGUGGACGGGGAGGAUGCUGCUGCUGCUGCUGCUGCUGGGACCACAAACAGCACGCUCGAGGAGGAUCUGCUGGCGAUCAGCCGGACGAUCGCAGCGCUGCAGAAGCGGGCAGCCGAGGCCGAGGCCAGCAGUGCAGGUGCAGAUGCAGAUGCCCGGGCAGCAGGAAACGCAUCGCGGCCGACAGGCACGGGCAAGACGCCGUCGGCAGUGCAGUUGGCCAAGCCGCUCACCGACGAGCACUGGUGGUCAAAAAAGGUGCUGGGGGCGACGACGCUGGCUGGAUGCGCGUUGCUUUGGGGUGAAGAGCAGAAGAGAACAGAACAGAAGAAGAGCGGAGGCGCGGUUGCUGAUGCGCGACAGAAGCGGCACAAGGCGACGCCACUGCGGCCGCUGACGCUUCGAUCGGCACCGUUUGCGAAACGGGCGCUGGCCUGGUCACCUGACGCCGAGUUGGCCGUGGCUGCCGACGACUCGGUGUACGUGUUUGUGCCGCAAUUUGGGGAUGAGGACGAAGAGAGCGUGGAGGGAGAAGAGGAGGAGGAGGAGGAGGGCGUGGUGAACGACGGGGACGAGGACAGGAAGGCGGACGGCGAUACGGCCAUGGGCGAAGGUGGUAACGGAUACGAUGCACUGAUCUCGACCGAGACGGAGACACGCAGCCAGUUUGCGGCCGGCAGUCUGCACAUUCCGGUAUCGCAUCCGCCGCUGGACGUGCGCGUGAACCAGCGACUGUACGCGGCAGCCGGCCUGCCGUUUCCGUUUGGGAGGGACGACGAGGGAGGCGACGAUGAGACAGUCGAGACGGGAGAGCCAGGAGAGCGGGAAGAGCAAGAAGCAGAGCGGACCAAGACGCGAGGAAAGGCGACGACGACGACGACGAGCGCACGGUCGAUGCGGAAGAGCAGCAGCAGCCACUACCGCCGGCCAGGCGGUGCCGGAGCCGGUCCGUUGACGGCUGUAGCCGGGACGAUGAACUCGGUGGUGGCGUUGGCCUGGUCGCCAGCCGGUGUUGGGCGCAACCGGCGGGCGGUGCUGGCGGUGCUGACGUCGGCCGGCGUGGUGGCGGUAUACGGCGAGGGCGAGGGUGCGGGCGAUGACGACGAGAAAGGCAGCCGACGGCCGACGCGACACUACGACACAUCGCACUGGGAGGUGCUCUGGGCCGUGGGCGAGCGGCUGGUGGUGCCGCCACAGACAGAGAUGGGCGAGUGUGUGGUGUCGGUCGCAUGGAGCGGCGCGCUGGUCGGCGGAGGAGCCCUGCUGCUGUACCGGACAGACCAGGACGAGGUGGUGGUGCUGCGGGUUGGUCGAGUGGCAGGCCCGACGCCUUGGCAGGUCGCAGAAGAAGCCCGGUUUGUGGCGGCAGGACCGCAUGCCGGCAUGCGUGAGACGACGCCGCUGGACGCGCACUUUGUGCCGGGCGGCACGGCCUUUGGGCUGCGAUGCAGUCCUUGGCUGGUCGUAGCUGAGGCGUGGCGGGAUGGCGAUGCCACGACGACAACACAGGUCUGUCUGGUCGGCUAUCUGGCUUGCAAUUAUGUCGGCUUUCGUCGGCUGACCGUCACGACGACGACGACGACGACGACGACGACGACGACGAGCAAUGCAGCAGACGCAGUGAUCGUCCGGAUCGAUGCCGACGACGUCGACGGGCUCUGCCUCUUCCUCGGCACCGACGCCUUUCUCGAGUGGGAGGACGGCAUCUGGACGGUCGACGACAGCAGCGGUGGCAGCCGGGUCUGUCGUGGCGUCGUGGCCACGCCGCUCGUCGCUCGGCCCUUUGAGGUCGUCUUGCUGGCCGCCUCGGCUGCGGCGGCUCGCGGACCUCCGCCUGCACACGAUCUGCUGGCCUGUGGCACGGCCUAUCCGUCGGAGGACGAGGCCCGGACGAAUCCAAUCCAAGAUCUCAUUAUCCACCCCCCUGCUGCUCAUGUCGGCCCGCCCGCCUACACGCUCGUCCGCCUGUCGGCCACGGCCACCAACGACGACUGGUACGAGACCGGUGGUGGUCCACCUUCUGUCCCCUCCGAUCCGCCUGCCGCUUGGCCCCAGUGGACGCUCGACGUCGCCCGCAAGAUCAAAGUGAGCGCCACGCCCGGUGUCGGUGACGACGGCGGUGACGACGAUGACGACGAGCUAGCCAGCGACAGCCUCGACCACAGCAUGCUCGACCCCUCCCUCCAUCCUCUCCGGCUGGCUCCUGCCAGCGGCCCCGAGCUGUAUCUACAUCGCGCUCGUCUCUGGGGCCUGGCCCUGGCUCCUGGUGGUGUCGCCGGCGCGGCUGCACGCGCUCGUGGCGUCACGGCCGUACUGGUCACCGACCAUGCCGCCCAGCAAGUCGACCGUGGCGGUUGGUAUCGCGAUCGCAGCCGCGUGCUGUUUGGCUGGCCCGAGGAUGCAGCCGCUGACUCGGCUCCGGGUGAACUGGCCGAUCACGUGACCAACUAUCUCCGGCCCCCCAUCUCGACCGAAGCCCACAUGUGGUCCAACAUGUAUGGCCGCGGACCCCCGGUCUUGCCAGCUGUCCGGACGCGACCACAUACUCUCCUGCCCGCCGGUGGCGGCGCUCUCGCGCAGACGUGCACCAUCUGCGGCGCGCCCAUCGACGCUGAUGUCCCCAGCUCCGGCCACGCCGCCAUCGAUACAGACCAGGUCGCUACCUGCGCUCGCGGCCAUAUCUUUGAUCGCUGUGGCGCCACCGGCCUUGCCAUCCAGCGUCCCGGCGCCUCGCGCGUCUGUGGCGUCUGUGCCUGUCGCACCCUGCGCGCCGAUGCCGUCGCCGACAUGGUCGACCGUCUCGGCGUCACAGCUGGGGCUGUCGAGGCCUUGCGAUUGGCCGUUGCUGGCGACAUUUGUGGGCGCUGUGGCGGCAAGUUUCACGACUAA